AUGUUGCUCGUCGCUCCUCUCAUUGCCCUUGGGCUCUCUGUUGCCGCCGCAUCUACGUCGAUCUCUCCCCGCAUCGUCCAUGAGUCGCGCGCAAGCGUCCCCGCGGGCUGGCGUGUUUUGCGCCGCGCCGAGCCCAGCACCAUUCUCCCGCUCCGCAUCGGUCUUGCGCAGUCCAACAUCGACAACAUUGAGGCGUUCCUUUUGGACGUGUCGCACCCCGACUCGCCCAACUUUGGCAAUCACUGGAGCCCGCAGCAGGUCGUGGACACGUUUCGUCCGUCCGCAGAGACCGUUGACACCGUCCGCGCAUGGCUCCUCGAGAGUGGGCUCGAAGAAAAACGCGUGAAGCUCGUCAAGGGCGGCUCAUGGAUUUCGGGGAGGAGGACGCAUGUCGAACUUAUCACCCCGACACUCCACUUCGAUGUCAAGCAUAAGCGCGACACUCAUCGUAAGUUAGGGUCACGCGAUGUUUCGGCGAAGAAUGCAGGCCAGCCUGGUUUUGGUGCCAGCUUCCCUAAGACGACCGGAACAAUUCAGGAAAUCAAGAACGAGCUCGAGGAUUGCGAUCAGCAGAUUACUCCAAACUGCCUGCGUGCCUUGUACGAAUUUCAGUAUGUUCCCGUCGCCCCCCACAAAAACUCCUUGGCGGUCGCUGAGUACACUCCUCAGGCUUACGUUGGAGCCGAUCUCGACAUGUUCUUCACCAACUUCUCCCCCAGCCAGGUUGGUGAAAGGCCAAAUUUGAAUUCCAUCGAUGGAGGUUACUUGGACGCGAAUAAUUCAGGAUUCUUUGUCAACGGUGAAUCGAACCUCGAUCUUCAAUAUUCCAUGUCACUCGUCGGCUCGGAACAGACCGUCACUUUGUACCAAGUGGGGGACGAAAUUGAGGGUGCCUCCGAGUCAUUCAACAACCUCCUCGACGCUUUGGACGGGUCAUACUGCACAUUUGAGGGAGGCGACGAUCCGUCCUUUGACGGUAUUUAUCCCGAUCCCUACGGAGGCUAUCAAGGUCCCGAGGCAUGCGGCACUGUUACGCCCGCCUACAUCCUGUCCACUUCUUGUUCACACGAAGAAGCGAAUUUGACGCCUUUCUACAUGGAACGCCAGUGUGCCGAUGUGUGGCAGCUCGGCCUCAUGGGUACUACGAUCCUCUACUCAUCGGGUGACUACGGCGUUGCCGGAGCCGGUGGUAUUUGCCUCAACCCCAACGGGUCGCAGACGUACGGUGGGACGAUCUUCAACCCUAAGUUUCCCUCAACCUGUCCGUACGUGACGAGCGUUGGCGCCACGCAGGUCAAUCCCGGGGCAUCUGUCUUUGAACCGGAGAGUGCAUGCGAGCAAGUAAUCUACUCAGGCGGCGGGUGGUCCAACGUGUUCGCCAUGUCUUCGUACCAGAAGACGGCCGUCGAGUCGUACCUCACGCAGUACCCGCCGCCGUACCCUGCGGACAUCUGGAACUCGACCAGCACGUCGCGUGCAUUUCCUGACAUCGCUGCGAAUGGCGCAAACUACGUCGUCGCUGUACAGGGUGCGUUCUUGUUGGUGUAUGGAACCUCUUGCGCGAGCCCUGUCUCCGCUGCCAUCCUGUCCGCCGUUAAUGACGCGCGCCUCGCUCUGGGUAAAGGCCCUGUGGGCUUCAUUAAUCCGACCAUCUAUACUGCCCACGGUAUGGCGGCAUUCAACGACAUCACGAACGGGACAAAUCCCGGCUGCGGCACAGAUGGGUACCACGCGCAACCUGGUUGGGAUCCCGUUACGGGAGUCGGCACUCCAAAUUUCCCCAAGCUGCUUGAGCUGUUCUUGUCGCUACCGUAG